AUGGCGUCCAGGCUGCUCACCCGGCAGCUGGCCUGCAGCCUCCAGCAUAGCUACCGCCUGCUCCUGCCUGGGUCCAGACGCAUCAGUCAGGCCUCAGCCAGAGUCGAUGUGGAGUUUGAUUAUGAUGGGCCUCUGAUGAAGACGGAAGUCCCAGGGCCUCGGUCUCGCGAAUUAAUGAAACAACUGAAUAUGAUUCAGAAUGCAGAAGCUGUGCAUUUUUUCUGCAACUAUGAAGAAAGCCGAGGGAACUACCUGGUCGAUGUGGACGGCAACCGGAUGCUGGAUCUUUACUCCCAGAUCUCCUCCGUCCCCAUAGGUUUUCGGCGCUAGGCCCUGGAAGUCACUCUCUGUCUCCCGGAUUUCUUGCAGAGCACGUUCGUCAAUAGGCCUGCCCUCGGCAUCCUGCCCCCGGAGAACUUCGUGGAGAAACUCAAGGAGUCCUUGCUCUCGGUGGCCCCCAAAGGGAUGUCCCAGAUCAUCACCAUGGCCUGUGGGUCCUGCUCCAAUGAAAACGCCUUCAAGACCAUCUUCAUGUGGUACCGGAACAAGGAAAGAGGUCACACAGGCUUCUCCAAAGAGGAGCUGGAGACCUGCAUGAUGAACCAGGCCCCCGGCUGCCCUGAGUACAGCAUCCUCUCCUUCAUGGGCGCUUUCCACGGGAGGACCAUGGGCUGCUUGGCGACCACUCACUCCAAAGCUAUUCACAAGAUUGACAUCCCUUCCUUCGACUGGCCCAUUGCACCCUUCCCACGGCUGAAAUACCCUCUGGAAGACUUCGUGAAAGAGAACCAACAGGAAGAGGCCCGCUGCCUAGAAGAGGUGGAGGACCUGAUCGUGAAAUAUCGGAAAAAGAAGAAGACGGUGGCUGGGAUCAUUGUGGAACCCAUCCAGUCUGAGGGCGGGGACAACCAUGCCUCCGAUGACUUCUUCUGGAAGCUGAGGGACAUCGCGAGAAAACAUGGCUGCGCCUUCUUGGUGGAUGAGGUCCAGACAGGAGGGGGCUGUACUGGCAAGUUCUGGGCCCACGAGCACUGGGGCUUGGAUGACCCGGCUGACGUCAUGACCUUUAGCAAGAAAAUGAUGACCGGGGGCUUCUUCCACAAGGAGGAGUUCCGACCCAACGCUCCUUACCGGAUCUUCAACACCUGGCUGGGGGACCCGUCCAAGAACCUGCUGCUGGCUGAGGUCAUCAAUGUCAUCAAGCGGGAAGAUCUGCUGAGCAACGCAGCCCACGCGGGGAAGACCCUGCUCACGGGGCUGCUGGACCUCCAGGCCCGGUACCCCCAGCUCAUCAGCCGAGUGAGAGGACGAGGCACCUUCUGCUCCUUCGACACUCCAGAUGAACCCACACGGAAUAAACUCAUUUUAAUAGCCAGAAACAAAGGUGUGGUGUUGGGAGGCUGUGGCGACAAAUCCAUCCGUUUCCGUCCCACCAUGGUUUUCAGGGACCACCACGCACACCUGUUCCUCAAUAUUUUCAGCGACAUCUUAGCCAACUUCAAGUAA